AUGUAUUCACGGACGGUGCGAAGCGACAUUGUUCAUCCGAAUGUGGAACGCUCACUUGGCGAGAGCUUUUCCAUGCGCCGAAGUCCGAAAGACUCUCCUGCGCGAUGGACUGAUAUUUUCACGUCAAAAAAUGAAUUCGAAAGAAGAUUAAUAAAGCAUUUCAGAGAAUCCCACCAUGGGGAUGAUGAUCGGAGUCCUGUAGAUGAAAUGGUUUGUGCUACAGAAGAGCUGCAGUCAUUGUCAACCUCAGAGCUCAAUGGUCGAGUUGAACAGGUUCUGCGAGAUAGGAAUCUUGACCAGAAAAAGAUUGACGAAGUGUUGGUCAAUAUGCAAGAUGAACAAAAGCGACUGAUUCUUACCCAACAUCUGAAAACUGAUGUCAGCGGCACGAAAAAGUCCCCGAAAAUGAUGAUCGACGACCUUCUUGCAGUACUGGAUAGUAAAAAUGUUUUGGAUAAGAAGGGUGAUGUAGUCACUUUGAGAGUGGCCCUUGGUGGAGAAACCGUAAAAUAUUUGUCCGAGGUGCGUGACGAUUUUCUGCAUAAUCUUUUCGUUCAAAUUUCGUAG